GAAGGGGAGGGGAAGGAAGAGGGACGUCCUGCCUUCCUCCAGACGCACUUAAACUUCUUUUUAAUACACUUUUUCAUCGCUUUUCUUUCGUCGUUCGACGCUUCUCGUCCGCCGCGGUGAGUCCGGAGGGAGGGCGACAUGUAGCAGAGACGCGGAGCCGCCCGGAUGUGACUGGUAGGCGGGGGAAACUCCCGAGGUCUCCCCGCUGCUGGUAAACAACAUGCGGGGAGACCCGAGCUCCACAAGCCGGAGAGGGACGAGGUUACACGGCCACAGCUCAGAGGAAUCCACGGGCGCUAGGAUUCAGUUAAUACGGACACACACGAGAUAGUUAAAGUUCAGAAACUCAGAUGGACAGACGGACGUAAACGUCUCAUUUCCAUUUUUGUGUCGUUCUUACAUAAAUUGUUGUUUGUUGUUUAAAUAGUUUACAUUCUUUACAUGAAAUCGUUAUUGAUGUAACUCAAGAUUCGAUUUCUGAUGCUGAUUUAACGAUACAGUUUUUUUUUUUAUUAUAAUUAUUUUUAUCAGCGUGAGCUUGUAGAUAAAUUAUGACUGAAAAAGGUCCAUUUAAUUACAGAAUCAAAAAACACAUUUUUGAGACAGGAUGUAACUUCAAAACACAAACUAUGCAAUUGAUGCAUAUAAAAAACAUAUAUUUAGAUAUGUAAAAACUACACAUUAUAUUUUCUCUUUAACAAAUUAAAGAGGUCUCUUUUUUAUGUAGCAUGAAGUCAUCCAGUGAACUAGAUUUCGCCCUCUGCUGUUUAAAAAAGGCAUCGCCAUUAGUUUUCCAUCGUUUUGUGUCAUGAUGUUUCCUUACAUCCCUAAUAAUCCUGUAAAACAUUUUAUAAAUGAUUGUUUGCUGUGUUGCUGUUUCAUACAAUAUGGUUUUAAAGCCAUUCUUCUUUACAUAUAUAAUAGUUUCCAUGUUUAGUAGUUUACUGUGUUAUUGUCGUUCUCAUUGUUUGUGUCCGGAGAGGAGGAUGGAGGGAGAGAAAGAGACGGCCGAGGAGAAGGAGGAGGAGGAGGAAGAGGAGGAAAAAGAGCUUCACCAUCGCAUGGCGGCAGCGGCGUCCUCCGUCGACUGCCAGGACCUUCCCAUCAUGCACUGGGAGGACCUGAGCCAGCGGAUCGCCGAGCUGGAGAAACAGGAGCAGGAGAGGAUGGAAAGGUCAAAGAGGGGGGCGGGGCUUAGGGCAGAGGAGAGUCGGGGGGGAGCGUGGAGUGACGUCAGGGAGGAAGAGGAGGAUGAGGAGGAAGACUUCAGUAGGUGUCGAGUCGCCGUCGUCGCAUCACGACUUCACAACCACAGAAAUCUGCAGCUCUGCUUCAUCAACGCCAGUGACAGCGAGGAAGACGAGGAGGGAACCAAGAGAAAGGUUUCCAAGGAAACGGGGCGCAACAGUUGCCAUGCCGCCGGGCUGAAACAGGAAGUGGCCAUGGCCCUGAGGACGCUGAGAGACAAACUGUUGGCUGAACAAAAGGAGGAGGAGCGUUCGUCCGACAGCAGCAGCGUCGCCAGGAGGAAACAUCUGGAGCGUUGGCAGCUGCUGGAGUGUUCGGUUCAGCAGCUCAGCAGCUUGAGAGCGUCACUGGAAGAAGACGUUCACGCUCUGAGUUCUGAGUUGGUUUCUCAGCUGCUGGUCCGAGACCAGCUGAGGACGAAGCAGGACGCCAUGCUGCUGGACGUCCAGGACCUGACCUGAAGACGUAACGGGGGAAACUCACAAAUCACAAAGGUCGAGGGCGAAAAGGGAGAAACAUGAUGAGGAUAAAUAAUUAGCGUUAAGAUGAAUGGAUGAAGAGUUGGUUUCUAAUCGUCUCUGGUUUAACUUCAUGGACCAGGAACCAUAUGAGGUAACGUGGUUCCUGGUUCGUCUCAGUGAGGUUUAUCGUCAUGUGGUUUUCAUUGAGCCAAUCAGAGAAGAUCCAGGAAACAUCCUCAGGUCUAAUCAGGGUCUAAUGUGGUCUACAA